GAGACAGGUGGCGCUUUUCAAGUUUCAAAGACAGCCAUGAUGGACAGGUUAUGGAUAACCUGUUCCAUUUUAGCAGUAUUAAUAUGCUUAUUUCGGACAGGAGAAGCUGUAGAAUGUUAUCAAUGUGACAGUAAUGAAGAUGGUAUUCAGUGUCCUGCUGAUGAAAGCUUUGACACAUAUAUAAAUGCUCCUGUAGAUUGUAAUGGGUUUGAAGCUCAUACACCUGGCCAGUUUUGUAUGAAAAUAACACAGGAAAGUCCAGGCUGGCAAGGAUGGAAAAAAGUGACUAGAAGAUGUGGUUCAAGGACUGAUUCAGGUGUGGCCUGGGGAUGUCUGUGGUCAUGGGACACAGUGGGUGUGUUUAGAGAGAUCUGUUACUGUGAAUCAAACAGAUGUAAUAGUGCUGCUGGAUUACAUCUAAGUCUUUUGUCAGCCAUGUGUGUUGUUAUUACUGCAUAUCUUGUCAAAUUCUUAUAAUCCAAAAUCUAAACAUUUAUUAAGUGUCUGCAUAUAGUUCAUUUGUAAAAAAUAGAAACAUCACACAUUAAUUCAGAAAUUUGUAUAUAGAGUAAUGAAUAAUCCUAUUAGUCAUGUCAAAACAAAGUAAUUACUGUACACAAAAUUCAUAAGCAAUAUCGGAGAUUGUCAUAAGUAUAACAUUAGGGAUAUCAAGGAGUGCUUCAGUAGUGUUUUAAGUUGUAGAUUCUAUUUUAUUAUAUAAUUUCAAUUAUUUAAGCUUUUUAUCCAGCAUUUAUAUUACAUACAUGGGACAGAAGUUGAGGUAAAAAUCAAGAAAAUACAACAUUAAACAAACAAAAUAUAUCAGAGUGCUCCUAAUUUGUAUUGUAUAACUAAUGAAAACUAAAUCUUUUCUUAAUUCUUUGCUUUUGCAUGUUUUUCUCAUUUAAUUCAAAUAGCAAUUGAUAUAAAAAGCAGUCGUUUUACCUUUUUCAUUAAAAAAACAGUAUUUGAUAGCUUUUCUGAAAUGAAAAAUUCAGUCAUAGUCUUGACUUAUAUUACAUACAAUAAUAUUUGUGGAACCUCAACUUUUAUCCCAAUUUUCAUGUACAGCUAUAUAUUUUAGUGACACACUUUAGUUGAGUUAGACAAUGUCACUUUGUUCUAUGCAAUUCUGUGUAAAUAUUGGGGUUUGUUUCAGUGCCAUACAUUUUGUUCUAUAAUUUCAUACCAUUAUUUUCUGCUUUUUUUAGUCCAAUUAUUUAACCUUUGUCAUUCAUCAGUUGCAGCUGUGGUCUAGGCAUAGUGUAGAGCAUGGUAGAGUGCUUAUUGAAAGUAUUGGCUAUUAACUAUUAUGUUAACCAUUUCAAUGUACAUUACCAAUGUUAAACAGCAAAACCUUUUUUAAAAUACUGGUAAUAAUUGUUCUAUGUGUUGAUAACAAACAUUUUCAUUGAAGAACCAGUGGCGGAUCCAGGGGGGUGGGGUUCCAGGGGUUGGAACCCCCCCCUUUUUUUUAUGAUCAAUGCAUUUGAAUGGGGACAUAUAGUUGGAACCCCCCCCUUUAUCCUGGGUUAGGAACCCCCCCCUUUUAUAAAUGGCUGGAUCCGCCCCUGAGAACCAUAGAACAAGAAAUGAGAUUCACCUUCUGUACACUUCAAAAGUUCUUGUUUCUAUUGAUUUCAAUAAGGUCUAUCUUGAAUUUUCUUACAUCCCAGACCUCUUAUUCUAUAAACUUCAAUAGUAUAUCUCUAUAUGCUUCUGGUGUGAGCGUGUGUAUGUGGAAAUUGUGUGAUUAAUGGUUGUAUGACGUUGAAAAUGUAAAUAACAGUGUUUUAUAUAUUUGUUGUCAAAUAGAAAAAGUCGGUAAUUGUAGAACUUUUUAAGAAGGAAUUCAUUACUGAAAGAAAAGAAUUAAAAAUAUCUUCCUUUAUAAUAUGCUAAAAAAAAAUGUUAACAAGCAAAACAAUGUGGUUAGAUUUCUGAUUGAAAAAUACUGAAAAAUGCUAUCAGCAACAUAUUGAACAAAUUUUUGAAGUUGUUUUUUAAGAAUGAAGACAUUUUCAUUUCAAAAUACAGCAAAGGAGACAUAUUGCUGUUCAAUUUUCUUGUUCUGAAAAAAGUUAUACGAAUGUUUUAAGACAAUUGGAAUUCUACAAACAUUAGCAAGCCAAAUUUAGAAAAAAACAUUACCAUAAAACAGUCAAUGCAGAAUUUUUAAAUGUAGGAAAAAGUGUCACAUUAGGCAACUUAUCUAUAGUACUUACUGUCUAUCUAUAUGGUACAAUAUAUUGUUAUAAUGAUGAACUUAUAUUUUGAUAUUAAAUUUAAAUUUGCUAUUUUGGUAUAAAAAAACAAAGCUUCAUGGUGACUCAAAGAAAAAAAAACACUUCUAAGGCCAAAGAUGUAAUCAUAUAAGAUGUUUUGCUGAAUUGACACUAUACUGUACCAAAACUAAUGAAUUUAUAUUUUUUAUCAAUUUUUGAAAGACAUUCUAUAUACAUAUAUAUUAUAAUGUAUAAUUUGUAAAAUACUACAUACUGUUACUAGUAAUAUGUCUGUCUGAAAUUAUUUAAUACCAAAUGGUGCUAUGUAUUCAAGUUAAGGUUAUUUGACAAAUAAAAUGAUAAAUUUAAUGUUUAAUCUUCCAUCCAGACAAGCUUAUACAACGGUCCAGUCCAAAACUAAAGUUUUCUGAUUUUAAUUGAACAAUUUUAUAUUUUGAUAACAUUUUAUAUGUGUGUGUUAAACAUUGUGGUUGUGAUAAAUUCAACGAUGUUUUAGUAUAGUUUGUGUGAUACAGGGAGGCGUGGAUGCCCCCACCCAUAUCUAACAUAUCAGAUGUAAAUAAUUUUUUAGUAAGAUUGUAUAUUUAGAUAAUUUUAUUGUAUACAUUGUGUAUAAGUAUGUGUGAUUGGUAAAUGUUAGAUUGAUUCCAGAAAUUUUACAAUUCCUACCAUUCCAAUAAAUAUUGAAAAUGUUAGAUAUGACAUGUGAAUAUGAAAUUGGUUUACCUCAUAUAAUACUGUGAAUGCAAAGUAAGUGGAAAAAUAAAUAAAUAUUUAUUAUUUUCCUCCAAAGAAAUUAACAGAAGUAUAAAUAUUUAUGACUUUAACAUUCCAUCUUCCUUUGAAAAUUCGUACUUCUGUUUUUGGUAAAUAUAUGUUUGCCCCCUAGAUGUCUUUUGGUUAUUUAUGUCACCCGGUUGCUGUCUCACUGAUGUUCACCCCAUAUCUCCUCUUUUAUUCAAAUUGCAAUUUAUAAAAUUAAAAUAAAGAGGGAAAAAAAAAACUUUUUGCUUUAAUCUUCCAAUCAAAAUAAUUAUCUUAAUCAAACAAAAAUCUGUAUUUUUUUAAUGAAAAAUAAAUUAAACUAUACAACAGGUUGACAGUAAAUUGCAAAUGAAACUUGAAAAGUGUUAAAUAUAUGAAAGGUAAAAAAUUAAAUUAAAUAACCAAUUAUGAUACUAUAUAUAUUUUUUCAAUAUUUAUAUUAAUAUUACAUUUUACAAUUGUCCAUAUAAAUUUUAGUCCAGUUUAAGGUUUAAUUUUUAGAUUUAAAUGUAAACAUAUCAUGAACUGGUUGUGAAAACUUAGAAAAUAAGAAGAAAGGUGUUAUAUACCAAUGGCUAGGCUUUUCUUUGAGAAUUGUAUUCCAUUGAUAGCAGAUUAACAUAUCAACCAUACUAUAGCUGAAAAAGUCAGUGAUGUUAACCAUAUCAUAUUGAAGCUUGAUCUUAUACUUGGGUUUUUAUACAAUAGAAAAUAUUUCCACACUGGUUGUGAUUUUGCUUUCAUUCCACAGAUGGUUGUGUAAUUUAUGUGUAAUUAAAGCUAUCAGAUAUAUAUGUAUAGAUAGAUUUAUAAAUUCUUAUAAAAUAAACUUUUGUAGAAAAUA